CUUACUAAUGACGUCAUGAAGCGAUUCCUCGGGGCCCGCGAGACGCACGUGGUCCUGCCCUUCUUAUAUUUUGGUGGUCUGUGAUUUGCCCAAUGUGAUUGGUUAUCGUGAGUCACGUGCCCAUCUGUCAAAAAUUUCCCGCGAAAUAAUGUUGUGUACAGUAAGAGACUGACUUCACAUUACACUGGUAACGUGUAGUAUGACAACGGAAACAUGGUUGCAGCGAUUGCCAGAAAAAGUUGCUGCAAGUUUGGAAAAGUCUGGCUUGAAUGAGCCUUCGGCGGUGCUGUUGUGUCCGGAAGUUCAGCUCCACAGACUGGCGAAUGUACAGGCUACUGAUUGCCGCUACGUAUUGUCAGAAGCGGCCCGAAGUGUUGCUUCGGUUGUUUUUCGUUCAGUGGAAUCAGCACUGAAUAACAACCACUACUAUUUAUCUGUGGGUUGCAAAAUACUGGAUGAUUUCUUGCGUGGUGGUAUAAAAGUAUGUGGCAUCACAGAAGUUGCAGGGGAAAGCAGCUGUGGCAAGACACAGCUAUGUUUGCAAUUGGCAUUGACCGUGCAGUAUCCUCUCUCUAUUGGAGGCUUAAGGGCAGGUGCAGUUUUCAUUUGUACUGAAGAUGUGUUCCCUCAUCAGAGAUUACAGCAGCUCAUUACAACUUUUCCUAUGUCAUGGAACAGAGGCAAAUUGAUGCGUGAAAAAAUUAAUUUUGGUGAUAACAUAUUUAUUGAACAUAUAGCUGAUGUGGAGGUUUUAAAGCAAUGUGUUGGUACUCGUCUACCCCGUUUACUGUCAGAGCGUAAUGUGAAGCUUAUUGUAGUUGACUCAAUUGCUGGUGUUUUCCGCAAUUACGAACAUGGAGAUGCCUUGAGCAGAGCAAAAGACCUUCGAAAUGUGGGUGGUAAACUUCAUGCACUUGCAGAACAAUACAAAGCAGCAGUUGUUUGUGUUAAUCAGGUAACAGCUGGAGUCGGCAACAAUGAACAAAACUCUGUUCCUGCACUUGGUCUUGCAUGGGCUAAUAUGGUGACCACACGCCUCCAGAUGUUUCGAAAUAGGCAAACAGGCAUCAGAAACAUACGUGUUAUUUUUUCACCUUUUCUGCAGCAAAGCUGCUGCAAAUUCACUGUCACUGCUUCUGGAAUUUCGGGUGUAAGUCCUUGAUGUUAAGAUGCAGAAUCUCUCUCAUUAUCAUUAUUUGUAGGAUGUAUUUUGUGAAUGAUUCAUGUACACACUAUCAUAGUAAAUAUGUUGAAGAUAUGAUGUCAAAACCACA